GUGGAGACAUGGCGCAGGGAGCUUUAAACCGGGAAACCAUAACUUGUUCCAUCUGUUUGGAUCUGCUGAAGGAGCCAGUGACUCUUCCCUGUGGACACAGCUACUGCAGAGACUGUAUCCAAACCAACUGGGACCAAGAGCAAAGGUACAGCUGUCCUCAAUGUAGACAGAGCUUUGUCCCCAGGCCUGUCCUGGUCAAGAGCACAGUGUUAGCCAAUAUAGUGGAGGAGCUCAAGAAGACAGGGCUCACAGUGCCUCCUGCUGACCACUGCUACGCUGGACCUGGAGAUGUGAGUUGUGAUUUGUGCACUGGGAGGAAGCUGAAGGCUGUCAGCUCCUGUCUGCAGUGUCUGGUCUCUUACUGUGAGACUCACCUCCAGCCUCAUCGUGAUGUGGCAGUACUACAGAAACACCAGCUGGUGGCGCCAUCUGACAAACUCCAGGAAAAUCUUUGCUCUCAACACAACGAGGUGAAGAAGUUGUUCUGCCGCACAGAUCAGCAGAUCAUCUGUUACCUCUGCUCUGUGGACCAACACAAGGGCCAUGACACAGUGUCCUCUGCAGCAGAGAGGGCCCAGAGACAGGCACAGCUGGAGGCCAACAAGUCCCUGCUGCUCCAGAGUCUCCAGCACAAAGAGACAGACCUGAAGACGCUCCAACAGGACGCCCAGGACAUCAGCCGCUCUGCCAAGAGAGCACUGCAACAAAGUGGGGACAUGUUCACUCAGAUGAUUCUUCUCCUGGAGGAAAGACGCUCUGAAGUGGAGCAGCAGAUCCAGUCUGAGCACGAGACCAAACUGAGUCAAGUCCAAGAGCUCCAAGACCAACUGCAGAGGGACAUCUGUGAUCUGAAGAAGACCAUCUCUGAGCUGGACACACUGUCCCUCACUCUGGAUCAUAACCAGUUUAUACUGCACUGUCCUCCACUGUCCACACUCACAAAGAGAACAGAGUCCAGUGUCCAGACCAAAGUAAGGGGGGACUUUGAGGACAAUACCAGAGCUGUGUCAGUGCUGAGGGACAAACUGCAACUCACUAUCAGACAGUUUAAGCUGCCUAAACCUGAGCCAUGCACCAGAGAGGACUUCAUCAGAUAUGCACAGGACAUUACAAUGGACCCAAACACAGCACACAAACAACUUUUUCUGUCUCAUGGAAACAGAAGAGUCACAUUUAUGGAUAAAGAGCAGAGUUAUCCUGAUCACCCAGAGAGGUUUGUUAGGCUAAGGCAGGUCAUGAGCAGAGAGAGUCUGACAGGCCGCUGUUACUGGGAGGUGGAGAGGAGUGGGUACUGGGGGGUUCGUAUCGCAGUGUCCUACAGGGACAUUAAGAGACAAGGGACCAGAGAGGAAUGUGGAUUUGGGGACAAUGAUGCAUCUUGGGCGUUAGAUUGCAAAGAAAACAGAUACUCAUUUUGGUUCAAUAAUGUUGAGUCUGAGGUCUCAGGCCCACUCUCAUCCAGAAUCGGGGUUUACCUGAACCAGAGCGCAGGGGCUGUUUCCUUUUACAAUGUUAAGGGUCAGAGCAUGAACCUCCUCCACAGAGUCCACACCAACUUCACUCAGCCUCUGUUCGCUGGAGUCUGGAUUUUUUCUGUCAGAGGCACUGCCCAUUUCAUUAAACUUGAAUAAACUUUAUAUGCCUGUAGAAGUAACAGUAAAAGUAAUAACAACAACAACUCAGUGACAAAGUGCAUGUGUUUUAAUACAUUGUCUAAUAACUUACUACUAUUUGAUGUGUGAUGAAGUUUAAAUAUACAAAUCUGUUUUAUCAUGAUUUUACUCUUACAUUGAAUGACUAUUAUACUAGAAUUACUCAUUUCAUUCUCAUUCCAGCCUCCAAAAGACAUGCUGAAUGCUGUAAAUUUGUGACCAAAGCAGCAGCAGCAGGUUGAGACAGGUUCAUGGGAAAAGGGUGGGGACCUGUUACACAAACAUCCAGUAGAGCAGGAUGGUGGAAGAAUAGUUUCAAUAGGUACUUUAAUAUUUCUCACUUUUUAAUUCACUGCAUCAUAGUUAAUCAUUUUAAGACAUUUUCUACAAAACAAUAUCUGAAAUCUGUUUACCAUUAACCACAGUAUUUUUGUAUAUGUAGUUCAAUGUGUAUUCUUACAAGCACAAGUGUGUAGUAAGCAAACAAUAUUAUAAUAAAGAAUCACUAUCA